AUGGAACCCACACAUCUCAAAAGGCGAGAAAUCUGUGCAGAUUUUCAAGCAGAAAACGCCGAAAAAGUGAGACAAGACAAUGCGCUCAAGAAUAAAAAAAGGCGAAAAGCUUAUGCUAAGUUCAAAUUCGAUAACAACGAAAAACUUCAUCAACAGCUGGUGCUCAAAAAUAAAAAAAGACGAGAAGCAUAUGCAACUGAAAAAAUGUCUAACCAUUUACAGUUGAAAAUUGUUCAAUUUCAAAACUUAAUAAUUAGACAAGUUUUGAAUUAUGAAUUUUGCCCCAUUCAUCAAAUUUUGCAGCCACACAGCAGUAAUUUGCAAGCAUUAGACGAAAGUAAAAGUAGAGUAGAAUUUUUACUGAUAUCGCGAACUUCAAACUUCUGGCACUGGGUAUGCGUUUUUUACAACCUACAAUCUAUAUUUAUUUACGACCCACUCAACAGACCUGAUACAUAUGAUAAAAGUAUUGGUUUAUUACGAUUAUUAUUUCCUAAACAUACGGGGAACCAGAAAAUUAUACAUUGCCCUUACGUGGAAUGCGAUCCCUCGAAAGAUUCGGCCCUUAAUGCGAUUUCUAUUGCCACGAGUUUAUUUUACAAUUUCAAGCCUGACAAAAUUUUAUACAAACAAGGCCUCGAAAAACAUUUCGAUCAUAUGCUAGAGAACAAAGUUAUAAAACAUUUCCCGUUUGAAUUUAAAAAGUUGAAUGAUCCAUCAAUUUACCAUUUUGAUGAAAGUCUUAUUACCACCGGCGAUUGGUUGAACGACGAUCAUAUGUACUGUGUUAAUUAUCUGGUGCGGAAAUUUACAUUUUAUGAACCAGUUGAUACCGUCGUAAUACAAAGCCCAGAACAGUACAAAAAUAUUACGGUUGCACGAGAAUCUAAACAUUUCCAAAUCUUGCACGGCUCAAAUCACUGGAUAUGUUAUAAAUACGAAAACAACAAUAUAUCUUUAUAUGAUUCAAAAUUCAACGGCAACUUGAAUGAGCUACAAGAGAAGUUCCUUCCUUGUAAAGUUCUUUACAUCCUUCGUGUUAUAUAG